AUGAACGGUGAGCUGCAAAAGGCCGCAGAUGCCAGUGCAGUCUUCUUCGAGGUGUUCCGGGAGCCCUAUCAAGGCCUCUUGGAGCAGAUGACUUCCGCCCUGAAGCCCAUAGAGACGCUCUCGCCUGAGUCCGUGGAGUCUUUGCACUGUCGCCCUGCAAGAGGCUGCGAAGAUGACUGCGCAAUCUGCCUUGGCGAACUGAAGUCAGGCGAGCAGGUUACCGAGUUGGCCUGUGGUCAUGUCUACCACCGGAAGUGCAUAGGCACUUGGCUCACGAAGUGCUCGAAGUGCUGCCCACUCUGCAUGCAACCUGCGCAGAGCUGCGAUGCCCCUGCGCCUGUGACGCAGAAUCUGUGCACGGGCCAAUGCCGGUUGUGCAUCGCCAUGAAGAGACACAGCGGCCCGAGCGCCGACAUUGCAUUUCGCUGUAAGCGUUACUGCGUUCCCCGCAACUAA